CGCCUGCGAGGGAAAAUCACACCGUCUACGGGCGUUGGCAAGCUUGCGGGGCCGCCGGUUUUUGAGCUCAUUCCAGCGCAGCUCUAUACACCUUGGUCGAUUUGGCCGUAAUGUCAAAAAGUGUUUGCUUGUAAACAAACAAAGAUUUGCAAAUUGGUGCAAUAUCCAAACAAUCCUCAAUCGCAAUUAGCUCCGCGCGAGCCGUUCUUUGAGCAGAAACGUACAUUUGCUCGCCCAGAUGGAGCAAUGUUGCCGAUUAUGCAUGGAUGCCAAUCCGAUGCUAACCAGCAUUGCCAACUAUCGGUUUCUGUCGGUGGAAAAGGCGUGUGCCGUCGCGCUGGCCGAUCUCAUUGAACAGUAUCUAGAGAUCAGUAUGAAUCAUUCCGCAACUGAGCCUUUGAUUUGUGGCGAAUGCUUGAAGCGGCUCGAAGAAUGGCAUUCGUUUCGCGAAAGCUGCCACCAGCACGAUCGUUACUUUCAGCAGCCGAACAUCAAAUUCGAAGAAGUGAUUACCAUCGAGCCGCGAUACGUGCUGGAACCGAUCGACUCAUUGGAGAGGCAGAAGCAAAACGAUAAAGCACAGCAGGAAGAUUGCAUCGGUGAAGAAGAGGAAAAGUUGGAGCUGGAUGAGGAGGAGGUUGGCAUACAGAUGGCUUCAGAAUCGGAAACCUCUGACAUUGUGCCAAAAGAGCAAUCGAAACAGGACGUCCUGAAGAGUAAUGCAGACACCCGUCCUACCAUACGGAAGCAAGUUCACAAACCACUCGCCACAAAGGGAAAGCGUGGACGCCCUAAAUCGUACCGGGAACGUGUGGAGUCGCCAAAAGCGGACCAAAAGAAAGAGAGCGUGGAGCAGCCAAAGCACGACCCACCCCAGCAUGCAGCCCGAAAGCAGCGACCCAUGCCAAAAAUCUGCACCAUAUGCGGGGUGGCGCGAACCGACAUGGCCGCCCAUAUGCGCUGGCACAACAACGAGCGCCCGUAUCAGUGUCCGCACUGUCCGAAGAUAUUCCUGAACAGCUCCAAUCUGAAGAAUCACAUCAAUCUGCACACGCGCGAAAAGCUGUACAAGUGUGAUCUCUGUGAUAAGGAGUUUGCCAGCACGACCGGGCGCAGCAAGCAUCGGGAAAUACACGCGACGGAGCGGGUGCACCUGUGCACCGUCUGUGGCAAGCGGUUCAAGUACCGCGCAUCGCUGGCACGCCACAAGCUGAUCCAUUUCGAGGAACCGAAGCAGAAGUGCUCCGUCUGCGAUAUGAUGUUUCUAACGAAAACCCGUCUGACGAAACACUUUAUGGUGCACAUGAACGUAAAACCGUUCAGCUGUGAGGUUUGCGGGAAAGCGUUCAACCGGAAGGACAAUCUCAAAACGCACAUGAAAACGCAUGCGGCACAGCGGAAGCGGGAGAAAAAGCAAGAGCCAGCAGGAAUUGUCGUGCCGCAACAACAGCAGACGUCCGAAGAGAUUAUUAUAACCGUCAUUCACUUCACCGUUCAAAAUCACAGCCCAGGUGACAGAUUGUCAAUGAAACGUCAGUUCGAGGCUGUUUGUUUUGUUUACAAACUGCAUCGUUCCGGAAAGGGAAAUAAGCGUAAUGCAAAAAGGAUGGCGUUCCACGGUAGUCCGUUAAUAAGCCUUAAAAUAGAACCCAUCGAAGGAAGCAUGCACCUGCACGGGGAUGAUGUUGAUGAGCCGGAAGAGGAAAGUUGGGAAACAAAACCCUCGCUCUUGGUGGAUGACUAUCCGGAGGGACCGGCGACAGACGAUGGCUACAUCUACGAGGUACUGGAAAGUGAGAGCGAGUCCGAAAAUGCCGCUGAUUGCAGCACAAAACCAAAGCCCCAACGGAAGCGCCGUAGCUUCUGCACGAUAUGUGGCAAGUAUUUGAACAAUCUUGCCGAACAUCGCCGGAUGCAUCUGAACAUUCGCACCCAGCAGUGCCCGUACUGCGAGAAAACGUUCGUCCAUCGUACGAAUCUGAUUACGCACCUGAACAUUCACACGCACGAUCGGACGUACAAGUGCGAGUACUGUGGCAGCGAGUUUACGAGCGUGCAGGGACUGAAGCAGCACCGGGCGACACACUUCGAGGGCCAGUACGCGUGCACCAUUUGCCACCGGAAGUACAGCCGCAAAUGCUACCUUCGCGUCCACCAUGAACGGGUACACAGGCCGAAGGAGAAGCAUUGCUGUCUGAUUUGCGACCGACAGUUUCUCAAUCCCACGCUGAAGGAAAAGCACAUGAAGAUCCACGAGGACGGUACGCUACACGAAUGCAGUCUGUGUCAUCGAGCGUAUAAUGCAAAGCGAAAUUUGCUAAGACACAUACGAACGGCUCAUCCGGAGCGAGGGCAGAGCGAUAGCAGUAGCACGCCCUUGUCAUGACCAUAGUCGUUGAGUCGAAAGUCGUUUUGUAAAUAUAUGUUCCGUACGCUGUCUGACUGA